CUUUAUAAGAGGCCUGCCGCCGUAGCUCAUGUUAGGUCUCCAGCAUGGCCACGUUAACGUUUGAGAGGGAGAACCGGGAGCGCAUCCAGGCCGUGGAGAAUUCCUUUGGUCCAGCAGGGACGCCCCUAUCCAUUCCGGGUCGGGUUCUGAUGGGAGAGGGCCGUCUGAUGAAGCAGGGGCGUCGGAAGCCCGAGCCGAAGGAUUUCUUCCUCUUCAACGAUGUGCUGGUGUACGGCAGCGUCUUCCUCAACGGCCGCUGGCACAGAAAGCAGAAAGUGGUCCCUCUAGAGGACAUCCAGUUAGAGGACAUGGAGGAUGGUGAGCUACUGAAAAACCAAUGGCUGAUGCGUACACCACGCAAAUCCUUUUAUGUGUCUGCCUCUUCAAGCAAGGAGAAGCGGGCCUGGAUGGAGCACAUCCAAGACUGCCAGUCAAACCUGCUGCAGGGCGGCAGCAGCCAACCAGGUUCCACCUUUGCUGUUACCUGGAUCCCCGACAAGGCCGCCUAUAAAUGCAUGCGCUGCUUAGACAAGUUCACUGCGACCAAGCGUCGACAUCACUGUCGAAAAUGUGGCUUUUUGGUCUGCAAAGCAUGCUCCAAGCAUCGAGCCGUGAUAGACCACAUUCACCCCACAAAGAGGCUGAGGGUGUGCGGCCUCUGCUACAUUAGGAAUGAGAAAGAUGAACAGUCUCGCGUGAGGGGAGACAGCACUGAAAAGAGUAGCUCAGAGGAGGACGAUGAGGCAGCAUCCAGCGAAGAGAAGGAGGAAGAGGAGGAGGAGGAGACGAAGCCGAGCUACGAUUCCAGCAGCUGGCUGGAUGGGACGGGCACCUAUGUUUACCCGAGGCCGAUGCAUGAGCGGGCCCCAGUGCAACAUAACCACAACAACACUGCCACAGUCUCCCAGACGUAGUCUCACAUUGCCAGACCUAUCGCCACAGUGAUGGAGAAUGCUCUGGCUGCACUGCCUAUCUAUUCUCAGAUAUUAUUACUUUUUAACCAAUCAUAAUCACUGAUAGCAAGAGGAGAGGGACAUCCGGCGUGUGAAAGACACAUCCGAUGUCAGCGCUGUGGUAAAAUCUUAAAACUCAGUGACAUUAUGAUGGGAGAUGGUGUCAGACUGUAGUCUUUUCAAAGUCUUGUCAGAGUCUUCUAGCGUAUGGUAGGCAUUACUCACUAGCGACUUUAUUUCUAAAAAGUAGUUAGCAACAUAUUAUGUGACUUUAGACCAUCAGGAAAAAAGUAAGAUAUAUUAUAUUGUAUAUUUCAAUCAAUUUUUAGUAUCAAAUCAUAACAAGAGUUAUCUCAAGACACUUUACAGAUAGAGUAGGUCUGGACCACACUAUAAUUUACAAAGACCCAACAAUUUCCCACGAGCUAGCAUUUGGUGCAACAGUGGUGAGGCAAAACUUCCUUUAGGCAGAAACCUAGACAGACCCAGGCUCUUUGUGGGCGGCAUCUGUCACUGCCGGUUUAGAUACAGACACUAAUACAGAUAGAGAAAUAUGAUUCAGAAUAAUUAUAGCAGUUGGAGUGAUGAAAAGUGGCACUUAUGUUUAUUAUAUUGUAAUUCAUUCCCAUGCAUGCAGUUCGGAGUAAUCACAGUCCACGGCUCUUCUGCCAAAAGCACAGGGUCUCUCUCACUCCUCUUGCGGUGUGAGAAACAGGCAGUCGGCCAGCACAGCCACUGAACUUGCUAGCUACGUUCAUCGGAAAAGAGUUGGCAACGCUGGACUACUCAGAUGUAACUGACGUUUACCAUCAUUUAGCAUCAUUAAGUAUUGUAUUUAACAAUGAAUUGAGUAUUGCCUUAAAAAGUAGUUUCAAAGUUAUCCUUAAAAAUGAAAUUGUGUGUUGUAUUUGCACGGGCCACCAUGCACUUUUUACACUGGAGACUUCAAGUCAAAAAUCACAUUUAUCUUCUCCGAGUGUUAUUGUUAUUUGAUGUCAGGGGAUGUUGAGAACAGUUUAUUUAGGGCCUUGGUUAGGGCCACUGUUUACAUAUAAAAAAAAACAUUUGUUCAUAUGCGCUCUUUCAUUUUGCUUUGAAAAUGAUUUUAAAACAAUAAAGCUCAAAACAGCUGAA